AUGAAAGGACUGUUGCUGCUAUUAUUAAGCUGUUUAAUAUUAUUUGUUACACAAGCUAAAACGAGUGUUUAUGAUGGCUACAAAGUGUAUGAGCUGCAAGGAAGCGAGCGUAGCUUUGAUGUGAGCCAACUGCUGAAGCAACUGUCGCUAAAUGAAAGUUACUAUGAGCAAUAUGCGUCCAACGUGGUGCUAGUGCAUCCUCAAGCUCAGCAGGAGCUGCAGCAGCUGUUGGCUAAGCACAAGCGAAGCUACAAGUUGCUUUGCGAGAAUGUGGGUGAAUCCUUGGAACGACAAUACAAGCACCUUCAUUUGCUGCGUCAUCAAUAUCCUUUUGAAGAAAAACUAAGCACGGAACGCUAUUAUUCCCACGCGGAGAUAAAUCUUUAUAUUGAGCAACUAGCAGAAAAAUAUCCGCAGCGUGUGUACGUUAAAAAAGUGGGCAAAAGCUACGAGUGACGCUGGUUAAAGACCAUUACUAUAACCAAUGGCGAUGGCCGUGCCAAUAAGAAUGUCAUACUAGUCGAUGGUGGUUUCCAUGCGCGCGAAUGGAUUUCGCCAGCAACUGCAGUUUAUAUAAUUGGACAGCUGGUGGAGCAGUUUGAUACGCAUGCUGCGCUACUUUUGGAUUAUGAUUGGGUUAUUCUGCCUGUGGUGAAUGCCGAUGGUUAUGAGUAUACGCAGAGCUCGCAGGAUGCGCGCAUGUGGCGCAAGACGCGUCAGCCCAGCAGCGAACUUUGCAUUGGCACUGAUCCGAAUCGUAAUUUUGGUUAUCAUUGGAAUGAAACAGGCGCCUCCGCAGAUCCUUGCUCCAAUACCUAUGCAGGUCCCAAGGCAUUUUCGGAGCCCGAAGCUAUGGUGGUGCGCGAUCUAAUACAUACUUAUGGUAUAUCAAAGCGUGGCAAAAUGUAUCUUACCUUGCAUUCCCAUGGACAGUAUCUGCUUUAUCCUUGGGGCUACAUAGAGUAAGUCUUUGCUAUUGUAUGCCAACAA